AACCUAUAAAUGCUUCCACUAAUCUCACCAUCAAUUUCACAAAAUCCAAAGCUCUUAAUUAGUAGUUGAAAAAUGGAGGCGAGGAAGCUCUACUUUCCGGCGGCUCUCCUCCUCCUCCUUUUCGUCUGGGGCGGCGCCGCCCAAGGCAACAGCAACAAGCAGAAGAAGCCUCCUUACGACGCGGCGACGACCAACUACGAAAUGCUGUCAGCGCUGCCGAAGAGCGGGCAGGAGCGAGCCUUCUGCCAUGCAAGAGGGAAGUGCCACUACAAGACGCUCACCUGCCCGCCCGAGUGCCCCGAGAGGAAGCCCAAGAAGAACAAGAAGCACAAGGGCUGCUUCGUCGACUGCAGCAGCAAAUGCGAGAUCACCUGCAAAUGGAGGAGGCCUAAGUGCAACGGCUACGGCGCCCUCUGCUACGACCCGCGCUUCGUCGGAGGCGACGGCGUCAUGUUCUACUUCCACGGAUCCAAGGGCAGCGACUUCGCUAUCGUCUCCGAUCACAAUCUCCACAUCAACGCGCACCUCAUCGGCGCCAGGCCGCCGGGGAGGACCCGCGACUACACCUGGGUGCAGGCCCUCGCCCUCAUGUUCGACACCCACACGCUCCUCAUCGCCGCCAGGAAGGUCGCCCGUUGGGACGACCGGGCCGACGCGCUGGCCGUCAAGUGGGACGGCCAGUCCGUGGCUGUCCCCACCGAGGGGGAGGUGGAGUGGAGGAGCAGCGGCGCGGGGAGGGAGGUCGUGGUGGAGAGGACGGAUGAUGUCAACACGGUGAGGGUCACGGUGGCCGGGCUGGUGGAGAUCGACGUUAGGGUUACCCCCAUCGGAGCGGAGGAAAAUAGGGUUCAUAACUAUCAGCUGCCUAGCGAUGAUGCGUUCGCGCAUCUUGAGUCGCAGUUUAGGUUUGCGAAUUUGUCUGAUGGAGUGGAGGGCAUUCUUGGAAUUACGUACCGGCCGGGGUAUGUCAGCCCGGCCAAAAGGGGGGUGCCGAUGCCCGUCCUCGGAGGCGAGGAUAAGUACUAUACACCGUCGUUGUACUCGCCUUCCUGCAAAGUCUGUAUUUUCUCCAGACCUUCUUCUUCUUCUUCUUCAGUUGAACUUGUUGAUGUAGCAUGAUUUCUUGUUGCAUAUAAAAAAAUUGUGUGAAUUUUUGUAUGUUUGCUUGCUUCUGAUUGUUGUGUAACCAUAGUUGUGUUUGUUUUUAAGUUUGAUGUACAAUAAUUGUUGCCUAAACAGCAACUUAUUCUUGUUUAAUUAUGUAUAUAUAUACAUGGCCCCAAUUGUACUCCUAUUUACAUGGGAUGAAUAAAGUUAAUUAUAAUGU